AUGUCUUGCUAUGACCUGUGCCCACCGAAACCCAGCAGCGUCGCCGUCCCCCAGCCCAUCGCUGAGAGCUGCAACGAGCUGUGCGAAGCCGGGUUGGGCCCCUCCGGAGCACCCGCCUUUGGGGGCUCCCUGGGGCUGGGGGGCCUCUACGGCGCCGGGGCCACGCUGGGCUCGGGGGGCCUCUGCACCUUUGGCAGACCCUACGCCUCUCCCGCCUGCAGCCCCUGCGCCGUGCCCCGCUACAGCAGGAAGCUGUGGGACACCUGUGGGCCCUGCUAG